AUGACCGCGGUGGCAGGAUCGCGACCGUGGAACGCGUUUCUUCAAGCUCUAGUUCUGAUAUCACUAUCAUUUCCCACUCUCUCCACCGCUUACCGAGCCGGAGAUAUCGUCCGGAUGAGCAAGAUGGGGCAGUAUCAUUCUUCGCGGACGACUUGGCAUGAUGUGAUCGGAAAGCAUUGCCCGAUCUUCGCCGUCAAUCGCGAGGUGUUGAUCCCCAUAGCGAAACCAAUUGGAUACACGGGAACCGAUCCUUAUAAGAUAAAAUUCCAAAUUGGAAGCGAGAAAUUUCUAAUUCACUGGCUUUUGGUGAUAAACCGUAAGAGCUCAGAAGUUCCGAUGAUCGAUGUAAAUCUGAGGUAUUCUGGAGGAGAUCUGCUUGGAGUCACAGCUCAAGUUACUGAUAUGCCUCACAGCUGUACGUAA